AUGGAUGAUAGCGAUCCAUACUUCGAUAAUCCUCAAAUCAAGCAUUUGUUACAAAUAGCUAAGGCAAUUAGAAAGGACUAUCCUAACGAAAAUUGGUUGCACUUGAUUGGCGUACACAGUAGCAGUGGCAGUAGGACUGGUAAACGGAAAAUUGGCUUGAGGUCACCACACACAUCGACAAGGCAACCCAGUAAACGACAAGCAAAGCUCCCUUUCAAGAAACAGAAAGGUUCGGGUGAUCUUGUUCAGAGAGCUGUUGUUGAUACGUCGAAAUUAAUGUACCGUUCAAACAUAUCCGGGCUGAUUAGCACAGUUCUGGAACUCGAAUUACGCGAUGCCCACGUCAGACAGUUGCAGAGAACGCCAUUCUGGCUGAUGAUUGAUGCUAUUCGGGCUAACGAGCUGGAUCCUAAAAUGUUCAAAAAAUGUGAUGCGACGGUAUGUCGGAUAAUACAAACUUACAACCCUGAAGAUGAGAAAUUCCACAUCGGUGGAGCUAAGUUACCAUUGCGCAACAACGACAUCAGGUUGAUCUUUGGGGUACAAUGUGGGAGGGAGAAAUUGGAUAUGACACAGGGUGGGAAAGGGCCGUCUGAUUUCAUGCAAAGACGCUGCGCAAAUGUUACCCGAAUUUCCUCAAAACUAAUAAAGGACUUGCUGGGAGAAGCCAUCUGUGGUCAUACGGAGCGUGACGAAGAAGAUGUGGCGAAAUUGUUGUGUCUUUAUGUGUGCGCCAAGUUAUUUUUCGCAACAAUCGGCGAGCAUAUAGGUUGGGCAUUUGUCCGUGUGAUUGACAAACUAGACACGUUGCAGCAUUAUGACUGGAGUGCAACAAUAAGAAACACAUUGAUUGGGUCACUAAAUGAGAUGCACAAUAAGCCAGAGAAGGUCACUGGUUGCGUAGUAGCAUUGCUGUUCCUUAUUUGUGAGCAUUCAAACAUCGUCGCUCCGGAACGACCCGACGUGACACCACGUUUUUGUAGAUGGAACAUUGCAGCCGCUGUGGGGAAACUAAGAGUAAUAAAUUUGUCGUCAGAAGGUUGCUUUGAGGUCCAGUGUGGCAAACUUGUUGGGACGAUUAAUGAAUGUCAUAUUCUGAAGGUGCCUGCUGCUGCUAUUGAACCAAAAGAAUGUAGUAGAAUUAGGGCGGAUGUGGAACCGCCUGGAGUGUGCGAUGAACGCAGGGCUGUGAUUGAGACAGAUGAUGUUGGCAUCGUGGAGCCGAGCUUCAAUUGUUGGCAGCCGGCCAAAAAAACAAAGGGUGACAUGAAAAUAGAGGGGGCCAAUGACGAUGACAAUAAAAAUACUGGAACACCGACCAGCAAGGAAAAAGUAGCUGGGAAGCUGGUGUCACGUGGAGAGGUUUGGCAGGUAUUGUUCCCAGAUCUUCUGGAACUGUCCAGCACUCCAGACGGUGAAGACGUGGGUGGGGAACAAAGAGGGGUGCGCGAUGAGCUGAUAACUUGUAAAGCAAGAAUUACUGAAUUAGAGAGUGAGAUCAAUAUGAAAGAUGUACAGAUAUGUGAACUGGAACAGCGUGUGGAAACACUGGAAAAACUGCUCGGGCGGCAUUAUAGUCUUGAUGACCUUGAGGUUCACGAGGUCACACAAUUAGCUGUGAAUGCUGGAUCCAAUCAGCGAACACCAAGUAAUAGUCUGUUAGGCAAAGUGAGUGGGUCUGCCAAUGUGACGAGUUGCGAAAGUGCGCAGCGGUUUGCAUGUCGUAGAGGCCAACCCGAAGACGUGCGGAUCAACGAAUUACAACUUGUUGACAAUGACCCUGGGAUUGAAGAUUUGACAGAUGACUUUGCAGAUGGGAUUGUACGUACAACUGUGGCAAGGGGAGAGGGUAGCUGCAGCCCCAUAAAUGCAGAGACAGUAGCUGAUGGCAAUGUAAAGGAUGGCCCAGCUGUCGUUGUUGUAGAAGGUCAUUGCGAACACACAGCAGGUGCAACAAGUUCUGGGCCUAAAAUUACGUCACUUGUGAAAAGGGUGAAGAACAAGGCAAGACGGGAAUUUAGGUUAUCAGACUACGAAUAUCCCGGCAUAUUUGGGCGUCCACAGGUAAACACCAAUGUCAGACUUGGUAAAUCAGUUGAACCCGGGGUGAUUUACAGUGUUGAGGACGUCGAGGUGGAGCGUAAAACAUGGAAUGGAUUCGGUCUGAAUAGGCGGCACACUGUGUGGAACAUGGUGAAGGAUGAAGACAGGGAACUACUACAAAGAAUGUACACUUUAGAGGGGGACGGGUUAAUAGUGUGGGAUGGUGGACAUAAUGGAAUACAAGUCCAUUUCACGGACAUCAAAGAUUUGGUGCAGCAGAACUCCAUACACGGCAAUUUGCUUCCUUUGUGA